AUGGCACCGUCGUCCCGUCCCUUGCUCCCGAGACCCGCGUCGGACAAGCCGAGGAUUGGCAGCAGAAUCCAGGGUCCACCCCUUUUCAAGCCCCCCAAGACUAGAACGGCAUGUCAUCACUGUCGGAAACGCAAGGUGAAGUGCGGCGGCCAACGUCCGACCUGCCGGGCCUGCAUCCAGCGGGAGCUCAAGUGCGAGUAUCCCAUAGAGAAGGGCGAGGUCCUCGAGGCCGGCUUUGAGUCGAGGGAUCUCGUUGCGCGUCUGCGCAGCUUGCCCUAUGACCAGGCCCUAGAGCUAUUCCAGCACCUACGCGAAGGGCAAGGAUCUUCGUCUUCGGCUGCAGGAGAGUCGAGCACACCUGCUGGCAGCCAAGGGUCAAGUAUACCACCUUCCAUACCUGACACCUUCAUUCUCAGGAGUUGUAUGCCUGGGACCCCUAAUUCCCUCGAGUUUGAGCUUGCCAUCAGACAUCCCAUCGCCUACCCAACCCUGUAUCCCAUACCCAUCGCCUCUCUCCCUCCUGAGCGGAUGAUCAGGCCAACCAGGGCCAUCCAAUCGCCGUCAACGUCUCCUUCAGCAGAGUCGGGUGACUCUCCUCAGCAAGACAUCAUCCCACCUACGCCCAGUUCCUCAGCAGCCCAGCCGCCGACGACACUACUCAUCCACGACGGUCUCAAGCAACUCGACAUCACCUACUGGACAGAUGUACCCAUUAGCAGUGAGCUGGCCGGGCGGGUGAUUUCUCUUUACCUCGAGAUAGACUACCCAGUCUUGCCCCUAUUCCAUGCCGACCUCUUUGUCCAAGAUCUCGUACAGCGACGAGGAUAUUUCUGCUCUCGCUUCCUUGUUUCCGCCCUUCUGAGCUGGGCUUGUCAAGCAUACACUGCCCUGAAGCCAGAGGUCGCCACAUACAGCGUCGAGUUCUUUUCCGAGGCCGAGAGAUGUCUCGCCGCCAUGCCGUCGGCCAACACGCUGACGGCUGUCUCGGCGCUGCAGUUUCUUUGCAUGAGUGCUGUAACACAGGGCAGGGAUGACGUUGCCUUGAGGUAUCUUCAAGAAAGCGUCAGAGUCGGCAGGACGAUGGGAUUGUUUGGGGUACAGCCCGGUAGACCCUCAGCCAACAGCUGGCUGGUCGGUUACCACGAUUGGCGCAUUGCCGCAUCGUAUACAGCAUGGGGAGUAUUCAACUGGGUCUCUGUCCACGGCCUUCAUUACCAGAGAGCAGAGAUCGAGAUUCCUCCCCAGCUUCCGAUGCCAGGGGACGUUGAAUUUACUCCGGAUAUGCAGGGUGUCUACUCUGCCCAUCCUGACCCCCAAAAAGACACAUUCAGGGCUUGCUGCCAGCUCUGGGUCAUCUUUCAUCAGGUACUCUGGUCAUAUUAUGGCCAAAGGAAGACUGGAGUGCCCUCGCAACGCGUUCCGAUCGAGUUUGCCGAGGGGAUAUAUCGUCGACUAUUAACAUGGGCAGACGACUUGCCCUUGAACCUCGUACGAAGCGAUUUAAGCAACCAUGGCGUUAUGAUGAUGCAUAUAUAUUUCCACGCCAUCGUUACAGACGUUUUCAGACCCCUGCUCACCGAUGCCGAAAUGAGCAAGCCGCUUCGCCUAGGCUCGUUCACAGCGCCUAAAGCCACUCCGGAGGCUGCGUACUUGGCUUCUGUGAACCAGUUGAAGCGUCUGCUGCUCAUGUAUCGGCUCAACUUCAGGACAGCCAUGUUCUCAGUGGUCUGGCAAACGGGCCUGAUCUACGUGGCUAAUGCUAUGAUGAGAGAGGUGAAGUCCAACAGUAACGAAUGGCGCUACUACCUUUAUCUCUGCAUGGCUGGGCUGGAGGAUCUUUACGCCUCCUACCGGGUGUUUGGAUCCAUUGCAAAGGCCAUUCUAGGCAUAGCAAUUGAACACGGUGCUCUCAGGACCUCGGAAGCACGGCGCAUCACGAACGAGUUAGAGGACCUGGGUCGCCAUCACACAGCCAUCAAGCCUCUGGGCGAUGGACGAGAGGUAGCCAACUGGGUGAUCGAUCUAGAUCUUGCGAUGACGGACCCCAGAGCCGCGCAAGGCAGUAACCUUGCGGAACGAUUCCAGGAGCUCAUCAUCGAGGAUCCCCCAGACCAGAGCCAAUCUUAG